AUGGCCGCCGAGGGUGAAAACGUGACUGAAAGUGGAGCAACUCCAUCAACUCACCCAACGUCUGAAACAUCAAAGCUCAAUUCUUUCACUUUAGAAGCUUUACAGCUUAUAAAGGAUGCUCAGUUGCAACAUGGGCUCAGGCAUGGUGAUUACCAGAGGUAUAGGGGUUAUUGCUCAAGAAGGAUUAAAAGGAUUAGGAAGUCACUGCACUUCCCUCAGGGCACCAGGAACCGAGUGACACCCAAGAGAAUCACACCAGAAAUGCUGACUGAUGCAAGGUACCUGCAGCUGCCGUUGUUCUGUGCUGAAAGGGCCUGGUCAUACGCCAUGCAGCUGAAAUCUGAGGCCAACACUGAGCCUCGCAAGAAGUUUCACAUGAAGGCUAAGCUAAAGAAGGCUGUGGUCUACUCAGAGGACCUGGAGUUGAUUGGCAACAGUGAUAAAUGUGAUGCACGUACAAAACUGGAAUGUCAGGCUUACAAUGCCUGGAUCAAGGGCAGUCUUGAAUUUGAAACUGAAAACUGGGAGAAGGCAGUGGAAUACUACACCAAAGCAAAAACUAUUUAUGAAAGUCUUGCAAAUGCCUUCUCGGAGGAGCUUCAGGCCAUUUAUCUACAGAGGGUAGAUGAAAUUGCACCCAACCUGCGCUACUGUGCCUACAAUAUUGGAGAUGAGACUGCACUGCAAGACCUUCAGAAGAUGAGAAUAGCAGCAGGAGAAAAUCAGCUGUCCUUUAAAUUGGAUGAUCUGUUGUCUCAGACAAGAGAGAAGCAAGCAGCUACAUUAUCUGAGGUGUCUUGGCGAGGGCGUACUGUCCCAGUCAAAGUUGAAGCUGUUCGACUGUUCUUGCUGAACUUGCAGGACCUGAACUCGGAACUGGAAGCCGCCAAGAGCUUUGACAGUAAAACGUCCAUCUACGAGAGCAUCCUGAAACAGUGCAUUGAUGCUCAGCAGGCUCUUCGGGAUGCUUUACAAGAAGAUAAUGUAUUCAAAGCUGCAGUUCGUGGUCAACCAGUUGAGGGGAAAAUUUCCAACCAGCACUACCUACACUCCUACCUUAUGUACAUCCGCUUGAGCACAACCAUAGAGAGGAACCUCCUGAUGGUUGACAACCUGAAGCAGAAUCUUCCAGAGAACAACCCAGAAGAGGGACGUAAGAUCACCAAACCUCAGGAUUUGGUCCGCCUUUAUGACAUCAUUAUACAGAAUUUAAAUGAGAUACCUCACCUUCACGGAAUACAGGGCGACACAGAGCUAGAGACUGAGACAGAGACAACUGUUCUAGGGUACAAGGCUUUUAGAUCUUUUUAUAUUGCUCGGUCAUUUGCCAGUGCUAAAAAAUGGAAGGAAACUGUAGCUCUCUACCAGAGGGCAUUAGACAACUGCAACAAAGCUUUAGACGGACUGAAAAAGUUGCCACAGACUCCAAAAUUAUUGAAAAGUGUGACACCUCUGCAAGAGCUUCACCAGCAGAUCAGUGGACAGAUGUAUUCUUGUCAAGCUUUCAGUAUACUGGACUCCAGCGCUACAGGGGAGCAGUCAUUCUCUACAGCCAUCGUUGACAAGCGGCCGCUGGAGGACAGACUUGACGAUUAUGUUAUAGAGAAAUCACUGACAACCAAGAAGGCAACAUUGACCAGAUUCCCACCGGACUUUGAACCCAUCCCUUGCCGCCCACUGUUCUUUGAUCUUGCCCUGAAUCAUGUGCAGUUCCCCUCACUGGACGACAAACUUGACCAGCAGAAGAAGGCAGCGGGAGGAGGUGGCGGCCUAACUGGAAUCGUCAAAGGAUGGCUGUGGGGUGGUGGAAAGAAGUAG